UGGGUAUAAAUGAAGCUGAUUUGAUCAGAGAAAUACACCACGGGGUAUUACAGCUUGCUUAGUCGAAUUUUGAUUUAUUGGACUUUGUCAGCAUGUGGAUUUCUGCAGCAUUCCUUCUUUUUGCAUUGGCUGUAAAUGAAGUCGAGUCUAAUGAUUCUUUCAACAUUGGUCGAAAAUGCCCCACUGGCUGGGAGAAAUUUGGAACACAAUGUUUUAAAUAUUUCAGUGACUUGAAACCAUGGGCUGAGGCAGAGAAACAAUGUGUUGACCUCGGAGGAAACCUUGCAGCUAUCCACAAUCAACUCACUCACAAUUUCCUAAAGACCUUCCUGAAAAAAUAUGCUAAUGGUAUCACCCGAACCUGGAUUGGUGCUCAUGAUGCAACUAAGAGUUAUGUCUGGUUUUGGAGUGAUGGAUCAAAGUUUGAGUACAGUGACUGGCAUACUGGUGAGCCAAAUAAUGGAGGAGAUACUGAAAAUUGCGUGGAGAUGGGCUAUGGAGCUGAGCAACGCUGGAAUGAUGCACACUGUGAUACUCAUCUCGGUUUCAUCUGUUACAGAAAGGCUAGAAUUGAAUUUUGAUUGCUAAAAUAAUAUUUCAUGUCUGUCCAUCACAGAUUUCUAAAGUCUCCAAAUUGCUGAUUAUAACAGACGUGCUUUGAUUUUGAAUUUUAAUGUCAAUCUUUGCAAAAAAUAAAAUAAAUUAAAUAGACUUUAAA